AUGGAGGAAGAAGAAGAAGCCAGGAAGCACCCUGUGGUGGCCAAACCUUUCUCGUUGGAAGAUGAGAAAAAAUCUGAGCACUCAGCUUUGAAUGUCAUCCUUCAGAUCCUUAGCCUCUUGAAGAACGUACGCCCAGGAACCGAUCUCACCGACUAUAGUCAGUUGCCACCUCAGCUGAACCAACCAAGAUCACAACUCCAACUUUACGGCGAGACGAUCUACAGCUUCGCCGGUCAAGAUCUGAUGGGGGAAUGCAGCCGCCGCGAUCUUCCGAUCGAACGGCUCAAAGCGGUGGUGACGUGGAACAUCUUAAAACUCCGUCCGGUGAUCUUUGGCCUGGUUCCGUACAACCCUAUUCUUGGAGAAACUCACCACGUCUCCAAUGGUCACAUCAAUGUCCUCUGCGAACAAGUAUCACAUCAUCCUCCGGUGUCCGCACUUCAUGCUACUCACGAGAAGGAAAAUAUUGACUUGAUGUGGGUUCAAUAUAUUACUCCAAAAUUUCGUGGUGCUUACCUGGAGUGUGACAUAAAGGGAAAAAGAGUACUGAAGCUGCUAAAUCGAAAAGAGACUUACGAGAUGGGCCAUCUGAAACUAAUUACGAGAUUAUUACCGGUGCCGGUAGCUUACUGGGCCGGAAAAACCAAAAUAAAGUGUCCAGAGACCGAUCUCGAGGCUGAGUUACACUCUAUCUCCGAUUCCUUAAUCGGAAGAUUCAAAGGCAGCAGCAAUAGAUCCGUCAAAGGAAAGAUCUCCGAAUCUUCCUCUGGGGAUAAGCUCUACGACAUAUUUGGCCACUGGGACAGAACAGUACUGGCGAAAAAUGUGAAGACCGGUGAGCUCGAGGUUAUUUACAAUGCCGAGGAGAAUAUUUUAGGACUCAAAGCUCCAACGGUCAAGAAUCUGAAAGAGGUAACGGAGACCGAGUCGACGAUGGUGUGGAGUGAUUUAACCGAAGCGAUACUGAAGAAAGACUGGGAAAGAGCAAGAGAAGCUAAGAGAACCGUGGAGGAGAAACAGAGAGAGUCUCUUAAACAAAGAGAGGCUUCUGGUGAGUCAUGGGUUUCAAAGCAUUUCUCAGUGGUCAAGAACGGUAAAGACUGGGACUGCUCACCGUUACAGCCCACGGUUCCUCGUGCUCCGCUCGCAGAAGAGAAAGGAAUUACAAGGCACCCUGUGCUUACCAAACCUUUCUCGUUGGAAGAUGAGAAAGACUCUGAACACACAGCUUCAAAUGUCAUCCGUCGGAUCCUUAGCCUCCUCAAGAGCGUACGCCCAGGAUCUGAUCUCACCAAUUUUCAGCUGCCACCUCAGCUGAACCUACCAAAAUCGCGACUCCAGUGUUACGGCGAGAUGAUCUACAGCUUCAGCGGUCAGGAUUUGCUGGGGGAAUGCAGCCGCCGUGAACUUCCCAUCGAACGGCUGAAAUCGGUCGUGGCGUGGAACAUUUCCAAAAUCCGUCCGGUUCUCUUUGGCCAGGCUCCGUACAACCCCGUUCUUGGAGAGACCCACCAUGUCUCCAACGGCCACAUCAACGUCCUCAUCGAACAAGUCUCACAUCAUCCUGCUGUGUCCGCACUUCAAGCCACUCACGAGAAGGAAAACAUUGACGUGACGUGGGUUCAAUAUUUCAUUCCCAAAUUUCGUGGUGCUUAUGUGGAGCUUGAGUCAAAGGGGAAAAGGGUAAUGAAGCUUCGGAGUCGAAAAGAGACUUACGAUAUGUGCCAACCAAGACUAAUUGUAAGAUUAUUACCCACGACAAGAGCUGACUGGGCCGGAGAUAUCAAGAUAAAGUGUCCGGAGACCGAUCUCGAAGCCGAGUUACACUUGAUCUCCGAUUCCUUCAUCGAAAGAUUGAGAGGCAACAACAAUAGAUCCAUCAAAGGAAACAUCUCUGUAUCUUCCUCUGGGAAUAAGCUCUAUGACAUCUUUGGCCAUUGGGACAGAAUAGUAACGACAAAAGAUAUCAAGACCGGUGAGCUCGAGGAUAUUUACAAUGCCAAGGAGAAUAUCUCAGGGCUCAAAGCUCCAACUGUCAAGAAUCCGGAAGAGGUAAUGGAGAGCGAGUCGGCAAUGGUGUGGAGUGAGGUAAGUGAAGGGAUACUGAAGAAAGACUGGGAAAGAGCAAGUGAAGCUAAGAAAGCUGUGGAGGAAAAACAAAGAGAGGCUCUGAAACAGAGAAAAGCUUCUGGUGAGUCAUGGGUUCCUAAGCAUUUCUCAGUGGUCAAAAACGGUAAAGACUGGGACUGCUCACCGUUACAUCCUACGGUUCCUCGUGCUCCUCUCGUCAUCACAGAGGCACAGGGAGAAUCAUAAACCGACUUCAAGAUUCCAACACUCUGUGUUGAUAGUAGCUUAUGUUAAUACAUGCUUUAAUACUACAGGAUAGGGAAAGAAAUAGAGAGGGAUAGACAUAGAGGAUGGCGAGAGAGAGUCAUCUUCCACGCUUCACGCUUGUGACGUGGAUACAUGUUCUCUGCCUGCAAAAGUGAGAAAUGAGAAAGUGAUAAUACGAUGUUGAUUCACUCAAAAUUAAACAUUUAUUUGACUAACCACAUUAUUCUAUCAAAAUUAACACAUGUAAAAACAUUAGUAUAUAUAUGACCCCUAACAAAUCUACCAAACACUAACUGAA